UUGGCAACAGUUCUGUCGUUCGGGAGGUUAGAGCGGGGACAACUUAAAUUUUCAUCUCUUAACCUCUGCGUUGUUGAUGUUGACAGUUUCAAAAGAUCAUAAUGAAAGUCGCAAGAAUUCAAAAUUCCCUCAAGGAUCUGAACAAGGACAUAGGGAAUUGUGAACUGCAACUCAAAGCUCUCAAAGGGAAAGAUGGUCUGUCGGGAGCAGGUCGCUCGCAGAGCGUUGCCAAGAACCCAAACAUCAAGUCAGGCAACCGGCUACCGAGCGCUCCCAAUCUCUCCAGAAGUUGCAUGGGUGGGACUAAGCAAUUCAUUGAAACCGAGCGAACCAGGAAGUCUCGUUCUCCCAACAAAGGCUGGAGCAAUGAGGAAAGAAACGUUUUGUGCAAAGAAGUUAUCGGGCGUAGAAAUUCACCAACAAGGGUAGAGGUAGUUGUUCGUACAAAAUCUUCUAAAAAACGGUCUAGAAGUGUUCAACCCAGUAGAAUUGAUCAUGAGACUCCAACAAGAGAACAAGCUGGCAGAAACCGAAGUCUUGCCCUCAACCAACCAAGUACUGAGAGGAAAAAUGCGUCUUGGGGUCACAUCUUUCAGCAGCAAAGCUCAUCUACGGGGAACAUUAAUUGGAAAGAACGAGGCAAAGUGUCUGCUGCUCUUCGCUACCCCAGCUCAGAUGACGAUGAUCAUUCCUCUGCCGAACUUCAGAAAUGGGUUCAAAGCAUUCCACAUGGAAGAUCAAAGACUGUUCUCAAGUCCCCUCAUCUUGCCAACGGUAAUGUGAAGACAUCAGAUGCUGAUGGAAGCGACAACUACUUCUCUAUUUUCAAUCCUCACCGUACCCUAAACUUUCUUGUUAAAGAAUUGCGAGGGAAAAUCCACAAAGACUAUGAUGAAAAUAUGCUCAGAAUCAUAGACGAUAUGGAGAAAGCUUUGUGCUGUUUGCCACUUGAUGCCUGUCACAGUACACCAUCAGGCCAGACAUCAUCUAAACAGACUGCACUACAGCCCAAUGCUCGAUGCAGUUCAUCAAAACCUAGAUAUAGUAUGGAUCAUAUUAGUGACCACAGUGAGAGUUUGAGCAAAGAUAGAACCAAGAUACUUCAUCCAGAACAAGAUAAUGUGCUUCAGGAAAAUUCUCCCAAUUUAGUUGGUAGACUCUUAUCCACAGUAUCACGUAUAACCAAGAUUGCAGGAAUGCCAGAGAAAACAGAAGAAAUUAAUUGUGAACAGAAAGGCAGACAACCAAAACCAAAGUCAUCAACUCAAAAUUUGGCGGCUGAAAGCCUCCAAGCCCAACUAGAAAGUGGAUGCAAGCAACUAGAGGAGACCUGUCGUCAAAUGGAAGAAACAUGUGAAACACUUAGACAACAAAAAAAUCAGCUUAUGGAUGAUUUGAAUCACAAGACUCAGCAGUUAGAAACAGUCAUCAACAAAAAUCAGCAACUGACUAUUUAUGCAGCUGACAUCCGACAAGAGAUGCUGAGAGUUCAGCAAGCAGCUGAAAUGGCACAGCAAGAACAUAUUAAAACAAAGCAAAAAUUGCUUGCUCAGAUCAAUGAAAUGAAAGAAUCAAAUUUUCGUAUGAACCAGCGAUUGGAGGAGACACUUCAAGAAAACGAACGCUCAAACACAGAGCUACAAUUGUGCCGUUUAGAAAGAGACAAGAUGCUCAUACUUAUGUCCAAUAAAGACUUGGAAGUUGCCAAACUUAAAAAGGAAAUUGUAGAUGUCAACACUCUUGUUACAGAACAGUUAGCAAAUAUACGGAAUCUCACUGGGAGGAAGGGUUCUUCAGAUGAUCUUGGUAAAAUGAUGCAAGCUGUUAGCAGGCUGUAUGAUACAGUUGACGGUGCAAAUGGAGCACUAAAGCAGCAGUGUGAACAAGAGGCAUUUAAGAAACACAUUGGUGAUGGGGAGGGCAGUAGGAGUCGUCCUAUCUGCUCUUCUCCCACGUCUAGCGUAAACUCAUCCUUAUACAGCUCCUGGCAGAUGAUGAGUGACAUAACAACUGACCAUAAUCACCCUGAGGAAAAGGUGAAAUCUGGAGAAAGAAUGGUCAAUUUUCCUAUAGAAACUGUAUCACUGAAAGGGAAAGACUCUGGGUUUAACACUGCAACUCCAGUUUACAACCAAGAAACAACAUCCAAGGCCAGUGAAACUGACAGUACAACCAAGAAAGAGAACAGCGCUAAAGAACUAAAGGCUGGUCUGCAAGAUAUGUUUCAUUUGAUGAAGAAGCAAACAUCCGAAGCAAUAAACAUAACCCUCCCGAGCCCGCCGAAGGGUUUUGAUAAAGUACCGGAAACUCUUGGAUUAUCCCAGUGGACUGAGUUGUCUGCAUCCGAAUCAACAGUUCUAUUUCAUUCUAGCGACGAUUCAGAUUCAAUCCAGUUCUCAUAGUGAAAUUUAAUGGACUAAGGUAGUUUGUUAAUUCAUUUGAUUGUUAUUAGAAGUUGUUUUGUUUUAUGUACCUUUUUUUUAAUAAUAUUUUUUUGUGAAGAUGAAGAAAAAUCACCCUAGCAAAGUAGCAUGAAAGCCUUUCCUUUAUCUUUUGUAAUGAAAUUUUGUUUGAAUAUGUUUCUAUUUUUACACAUAUGUCCAGAAGGUGUCAUCAAAUUAUCUGUCUCUCAAAAUUAUUUUAUACCAUGGGAUGUACUUUUUUGCAUCUGAGCCUGAUUGUAUCACCUAAUGAUAAGCAGUAUUUGUGACUGUUAGUAAUGGGGAAUUUUUAAAUUUUAUUCAUUAUUGCAGAAUGCACGUUUUUAUGUUGAAAGGCUGACUUUUGUACCAUGUAUCUUGAGCAAUAUAUGAUCUUUGUAAUAUUCUGUGUGUUAAAAGUUUAAAAUUAUUGUGCCAAAUACAAAUGUAAUUUCUAAAAUUUCUACCUGA